AUGUCGAACCUAAACAAUCAGAGCGAGCCUUUCUACCUUCGUUACUACUCAGGGCAUUCUGGGCGGUUUGGGCAUGAGUUUCUAGAAUUCGACUUUCGCACUCUCGGCGACGGUCGCAGUGCCGCAGUACGCUAUGCGAAUAACUCGAAUUAUCGGAAUGACUCGUUGAUCCGUAAAGAAAUGUGCGUGAGCUCUCUUAUGAUUGCAGAGCUUAAACGGAUUAUCAAGGAGAGUGAGAUAAUGAAGGAAGAUGAUUCGAAGUGGCCACAGAAAAAUAAGGACGGGCGCCAGGAAUUAGAGAUCAAGCUUGGGAAUGAGCAUAUCUCGUUUGAGACAGCAAAGAUAGGAUCUCUUGUCGACGUGACCGAGUCUGCGGAUCCAGAAGGUCUACGGGUAUUUUACUAUCUCGUCCAAGACCUGAAAGCUUUUAUCUUCUCCUUGAUCUCUUUGCAUUUCAAGGUGAGUCUGGCCAUUUCGCAAUGUUAUUUCAGUAUUCCCAUGAUUUAA